AUGCCAUCACCGACUCUUCUCAUCCUCCUCCUCUUCCUCUCCUCUCCCAUCCCCAUCACAGCCUCAUUCAACUGGGACAUCACAUAUCACGGCAUCGUGUCGGGCUGGCGCUGGGAAAAGCCCUGGCCGCACGACGACUCGUCCCUGAUGCAGUUCGACGAGCUCUGCCGCGCCUCGGCCGCCUUCCCAGCGCAGCAGUACAAGUUCUCCGACCUCGACGCCGACCCCGCCGUCAGGCCCUACGGCCCCGCCAUCCGCGACCUCGCCACCGGCCGCGUCUACCCGGGCAGCUGGGACGGCGUCAACGUCAAGGGCCCGCAGCGCGACGUGCUGCUGGUCGACUGGGCGCGCGUCCCGCGUCUGGCGAGGGGCUGGAUACAGGCCCAGCUCGAGACCGAGGACGGCCGCAGCAGGCACUUCUUCAGGGUUGUGAGCAAGAAGGUCGAGAAGAAGGCCGGUGGUGGUGGUGGUGGUGGUAGCAGCGGCGUCGUCGUCGUCGUCGAGGAGGAGGGCAUAGUGGACUUUUCCGAGAGUCUGGCAGGAUCGAAGGACGAGGACAAGGUUUUGAUCACGGCGCCGGGGGAGCUAUAUCAGUUCCUGCCUUUGUGGGUGGCGGAGGGAAGCAAAUGUGAAGACACAUUCAAAGACCUGACCAACUACGUCGCCACAAGAGCAAAAGACACGUGCGUCAUCGCCUGGCCGACAGAUCACAGCCGACCGCUGCUCGAGCAGGGCAGCAAGGACAUCAACUUCACCAUCGAGGCGCGGCUGGUCAGGGAGACCGAGGAUGGGCGCGCCGCCCGCAUCUUUUGGGAGAAGCACCACCAGAACAUGCAGCGGCUGCAUCGCAAGAUUGACCGCGAGGAGAGGGCCGCGAGCAGAAAGGGGGUGGAGAGGGAUAGGGAGGCACCUCACGAUGAGCUCUAA